AUGGACGAAAACUCUCUAUUCGACAAAUAUUUACGUAUAAUCGAUUAUACAUUUCGUUGGAGUGGCUUGCAUUUGAGAAACCGCAAAGACUAUAAUGUGAGGAAAGCAAGAAUUUUGUAUUGCAUUCACUUUAUUGGGCUGAAUUUAAACGUUUUGGGGGGGUUUUGGUGGUUUGUAAAGCAAGCAUCGAAAGGAGAAUCACUGGUUUCUCUCACCUAUGCAGCACCGAGCAUUGCACUGGCCUGUUUAUGUAACUUUAAGUCCUUAUCAAUUAUGCUGAAUGCAAGCUAUGUCGACAAAUUGGUUUAUAAAUUGAGAGAACUCGAAAGCAAAGUCGAUUUGAACAGUAUUGAAAGUAAAAUACUGGUUGAAGAACCAAUAAAAUUCUUACAUUUUGUAUUAAAAGUAUCAAAUCUCUUCAACUGGCUCCUGAUUGUUGCGUUUCCGUCAAUGCCGCUGGCUAGAACGGCGUACAAUUUUUUGGCAUUUAAUAAAGUGGAAUUAGAGUUCCCAUUUCUUACCGAAUAUCCGUUUAAUCCGUAUGAUAUAAAAAUAUAUCCGUUUGUUCUGCUUAGUCAUAUUUGGGGUGAAUCCAUAGCACUAUUUUGGAUAUUCGCUUCCCAAUCUUUGUACUACAUUUGCGCUACUUUUAUCAUAGUUCAGUUCAAACUGCUACAACAAGAGAUACUACAAAUAAUACCUGAAAACAGUAGUAAUAAAGGUCGAAGACAGAACGAGGAUGAAGUAUUUCAAAUUAAGGUUUGGAAAGUGGUUGAGUGGCAUCAGGAAAUUAUAGAGGCCGUGAAACUAGUAGAUAUAAUUUAUUCAAAAUCGACGCUAUUCAACUUCGUGUCCAGUUCAGCUAUGAUUUGCCUCACUGGAUUUAAUGUUACGACUAUUGAUGAUCUGGCUUUCGUUGUAAUGUUCUUUGCUUUUCUCUGCCUCUCUUUGGUGCAGAUAUUUUGUCACUGUCUGUUCGGAGAUAUGUUAAUGAGAUCAAGCAAAGAAGUGAGCGAUGCUGUAUACAAUUCUAAGUGGUAUUUGACGAAUGCCAAAAAUGCUAAGAUGUUACACUUUUUACAGAUGAGGGCACAGAAACCAUGUAAAUUAACCGCUUACGGUUACGCAGAUGUGAAUCUAACUGCUUUUUCCAAGAUCAUGAAUUCGGCUUGGUCCUACUUUGCACUUCUGAAAACUGUUAACAGAUAA